GCCACCGGGUGCUGGCAGUAGCAGUCUGGGCUCCCACCAAGUUCGGAAGGUGCUGACCUUUAAUGUUCUGUGUUCCUCCUUUCCAUGUGCCCUGGAAUGUCACCCAGAAAGAGCCUGGCAUCCAGAUGGUUCCAGCCCUGAGACCCCGGAUCAAGACCUCUGCCGAGCCUCCCACCCCGCCUUGGGUAGGAGUAGACAACAGGGGCCUGAGCUCAGAGUUGCCCUUGUGGGAAAAACCGGAGUUGGGAAAAGUGCGACGGGGAACACGAUCUUGGGAAGAGUGUGCUUUGCGUCUAAAAUGGGACUCCACACAGUCACUGCGAGAUGCCAACGGGAGGAGACGCUGCGGAACGGCAGGAAGAUCCUGGUGGUCGAUACGCCUGGAUUUUUUGGCACACGUUGUUCGUGGCAGGAAACUGCUGCGGAGGUCAAGAAAUGCGCGCAGUUGUGUUUGCCAGGCCCCCACGCCAUUAUCCACGUCGUCAAGAUAGGUGUCUUCACCGGGGAGGAGAAGGAGGUCAUUCGGUUCAUCAAGGCUAUUUUCCAGAGUAAAGCCAAGGCCUACCUCAUCAUCUUGUUCACCCGGAAAGAGGACCUGGAAGGCAAAUCUCUUGAAAGCUUCGUGUCUGCCCAAGGUGAGGAGCUGAGGAAAUACAUCGCUGAGUGUGGGAACCGGUGCCUGGCGUUCAGCAACAAGGCCCAAGAGGCAGAGCGAGAGGCGCAGGUGGAGAAACUGAUUCAGAUGAUCGAUGACCUCGUGGAAAAGAACCAAGAUGCGCCGUAUUACUCUGAAGGAACUCAAAAGGAGUCCUCAUGGAGGUUUUCCCUGUUCUGAGAGAGAGACAGCGCAAAGCCUCUGCAAUUGGAAAUGUGUUGGAACGCACAGAUAUUCCCAAUGUAUUCAAGUGUUAGAGGGAGCCAGAUGUCUUAAUGAGCAUAUUAUCCAGUGUGUGGACCGGUGCCCGGCUUUCAGAAACGAAGCUGGAGGAAGGAACAAGAGGCUCAGGCUGAGGAACUGUUUCAGGUGAGAAAUGGACCUGUGGAAAGAACCCUGCCUCCUCUUUUCGGGUUGAUAUUUGGAUGGUCCUUUGGAGGGGAAUCGUCUUCCUCCUUUCAAGUCCUGCAAACUGGAAAAGCAGCCCGUACGUCAGCCAUUCUUCAAGCCUUCCCAACCCAUCUGCAGCAGCUUCUCCCUUCCUGGGCUUGGUUACAGGAAUCGGAAGUCCUCGCUCUGCCAUCAGACAAGGAUCUUCCAAAAUGCAUCCCAUAAUGGACUUUUGCAUUUGGCCAGAGUGCCAUCUUCUGCCACGCUCCCCUCCUCCUCCUCCUCCUCCUCCUCCUCCUCCGAACCCAUUAAGCCUACUCAAGAGAAAUCUUUCUCCAUCAGUUUUCAGAGCCAGACACUCAGCUGAGGCACGGUCUUUAAAGCCACCGUGACGAUUAAGGAAUGACAGCAAAAGCCUCUUCUCGGAUUCGUGCUGCUAACCGGGAGUUGCAUCUCCAGGCUGCUGUUGCCACAGACAGGUGUUCCUCCUCCUCCCCCCACCCUCUUCCCUGCUGCCGUGGUGCAGCAGACGCAGUCUUGCAAGGCGACGGCUGCUUCUCCCCGGGGGACCCAGAGCACCUUGACGCGGGCGCACCCGGCCACCCCUGAAGCGGUCCGCAAGCUUCUCAGCCAGGGGGGUUGGAUGAGGACAGAAGGUGCCGCCAGUCGCUCGGGGCAUCCGGCUGAAGCCAGAGGUCAGCUGGCGCGGGGGCCAAAGUUUCAGUCCCGCUUUUGGGCCACGAAUGUGUCGGAUGCUGCUGCAGGAGGAAUCCUGUGGAAUUUGGGGUUCUGCUUUUGGCCUUGCUGGCUCUGCCUUCCGAAACAUGAAAGGGAAUCUCGGCCACAAAAUAAUCAGGAGGAGGCAAAGAGCGUCCGGCUUUGCGCAGGGUCCAACGCUUAGACAAUCUAGCUGCAGCUGUGCACAGAGUAGCUACACAUUUGUUUCGCAUUGCUUAGAGAUGCCGCAGAGCGCUCUGUUGAUUACCACUAGGCAUUGCUUUAUAAGUAAGGUUAAAGAUGCAGAAUUUAGGAGAAAGAUGGAGGUUCAGGCUUCAGUAGGUGCAUAAAAGCUUACGGGCCCCGGUUACGUGUUGGCUUAUUCACUGAGCGAGGCAGAACAUCUAGGUAAAUACGCUAAUUCCAGAGGCAAAGGUGGUGCCAACGCGUAUCAAGGCCUCAGCAGAGGAGCCAGGGUGGGGGAUGCACUGAGAGAUGCAGGUGGGAGCCCUUCUGUCGGCAGGACCGGGAUGGAGAAGGUGGGCCGAGCAUCUCAUCAGGAUGACCUGGCCCUGCGUGGCCUGAGUGAGAUCGGCCAGCCGACCGCUGGGCGAGCUUGGAGAAAGAUGCGGGCACGAAAACCUGAGGGCCACCAGCUUCAGGGGAGCUCACUGCCGACUCCUCUCACUCAGCCGACUGGCUCUGCAGUCCUCUCUUUAUGGCCCCCUGAGUGGAUGAAGCAACAUCAGCUGCGUAAAGAGGCUGGCGUGUUUAAGGCUGAGCAUCUGUCCCUAUCGGGAGCUUUGCCUGACUGUUUCCGUGAUGCUUUUGCCUGCUCCUCGUUUGAUUCGCUGAAUAAAUUGACCAUUACCUGA